ACUGGCACACGGUGGACGGUGGGUUUGGCUCAGGGGGUUGUGUGCCUCCAGCAGUUUGGUCAUGCCACUGCCAAUUCAGCCCGCGUUUGGUGCGCUUAAGUGAAAGCGCUCUCCCGCCGUACCAGCGCCAAACCAAAGCCAAAACCGCUCUUUCACCUGAAUCACCAUCACAGAGCGCAUCCCACCCCCUUCCCAUUUACUGAAAUCGAUCGUACCGCGCGACGUAGUGAAUGUCCUUCAAGCAGGGUGCGAGUUGGUUGUGUGUGUGUGUUUUUUUUAAUUUUUUUAGCAAGUUGUAACAGUUGCGUUGUGCAGUGUGGGAGCAAUUGUGCUGGCGCUCCGUUGUGUGCUUGAGGAUUUAGUGUGCGGCCCGCUAGUCGGCAAACGGUAAACAGAGGAAACAUACACACACACACAGAGUGGUGGAAAGCUCGGGGAGCGAAGCGAAAAACCCGUUUUGUUUUUCCGCCGCCUCUUCUUCUGUGAUCUAUUCUUUACCCGCUACGAUCAACCCACCGCCGUCGGCCAUCAACGCAACGGCGAUUCAGCAGCACGCCGACGAGCAAGCGACGAACCCUCGUCAAAAGUGUGUGUUUUUUUUUUUAAAUUUAUUUAUUAGGGCAACAAGAAAGGGGCAGCCCCUGUGGGAAGAUUACAAAAUUGUGUCACGCGGGGCGGGGGUCUACUCCGAAAAAAACAAAACAAAAAACAGAAAAUCAAAACAAAGGCCAGGUGAACAGCAGCACCCCAUCAAAGAGAGAGAGAGAGCGAGAGAAGGGGAAAAUAGUCAACCACAAGGGUCUGUUUUUUUAUGUGUGCGUGUGUUUAGCUUGGUGGUGUCGUGUGCGAUCGUCGUGUACGUGAAUCAGUUAGUUGUGGUCCGUUAUUGCAGUUCGAUUUAUGGAUAGACGCAUCUGUGGCGGCCGUGCUCUGUGUGCCGUCGCUCCCUGAACUGCCUGCGCCUCGCAACGCCGCUAAAACAGAUGGCUCGGCUAGUGUGGGCCUUCCUGCUGCUGGUGGCGUGCACCUGCAGCAGCACGCACGCCAACGAACCGUCCGCCAAAUCCGCCAAAUCACUGCAUCAACCGCAGCAGCUGCUGUCCCGGCGUGACGCCUUCGAGCUGGCCCAGGAGCGGGAGCAGGUGCUCGCCGCCCAGCAGUCGAUCGCGUCCUGGCGCCAAACGCUGCACCAGCAUGGCCGCCCGGCGGUGGCCGAGCCCGGUACGGCCGACCCGCCCGACGAGUCGGAGCUGCAGCGCCCCGAGCAGCGGCGCCGCCGCCGCCGCAAGCGGGCCGACCCGAAGGAGGGCGGCCUGAGGAACGAAACGCUCGGUCCGGACGGGCCCACCGACCCGGACGACGGCGGGGACGAUCCGGACGCGUCCGUCGUCUGCUACGGGCCGCUCGGGUGCUUCCACGAGACGGAGCACCUGCCGGAGAUGCUGCCGUCCUCGCCGGCGGAGGUCAGCACGCGCUUCCUGGUGUACACCACCACCCACCGCAGCGAAAAGCCGCUGAUCGAGUUCACGUACGAGGAGCUGGUGGUGGCCGGGUUCGGUGCCGCCUACUGGGCGAACGGGACGAACGACACCGUGUCGAUCCCGGUCGCGACCGGCACGUCCUCCACGCUGCUGCAAACGUUCGGCGACCUGAGCAACCGGACGGUGCGCGUGAUCGUGCACGGGUUCGGCUCCAACUGUGGCCUGGUGUGGAUCUACGAGAUGCGCACCGCCCUGAUGGCAGUGGAAAACUGUACCGUGAUCUGCGUCGACUGGGAGAAUGGCGCGAAGCUGCCGAAUUACGUGCGCGCCGCCGCCAACACGCGGCUGGUCGGGCGGCAAUUAGCGCUGCUGUUGCGGCUGCUCCGCACGCACAACGGGCUGCGGUUGUCGCGCGUGCACCUGAUCGGCUUCAGCCUCGGGUCGCACGUGGCCGGCUUUGCGGGGGCCGAAUUCUCCACCCCCUCGGAGCAGGAGGAGCAGAUGGAGACGGGCGAGCAGGAGCAGGAGGAGAAGGAGAAGGAGAAGGAGGAGCACGACGGCGGGGAGCAGGAGGCGGAUGCCGAUGAGUUGCAGCGUACGGCGCGGGCGGGCAACCCGUCGGCGCACCCGGGCACGGAGCGGCCCGCCAGCCGGGCUGGGCUGUGGCGCAUUACCGGCCUGGAUCCGGCGGGGCCACUGUUCGAGGCGCAGCCGCCCGAGGUGCGGCUGGACGCGGGGGACGCCCGGUACGUGGACGUGAUACACUCGAACGGCGAGAACCUCAUACUCGGCGGGCUCGGCUCCUGGCAGCCGAUGGGCACGGUCGACUACUACCCGAACGGGGGGCGGGUGCAGCACGGCUGCACCAAUCUGUUCGUCGGCGCCGUCACGGACAUUAUCUGGGCACCGCCGACGACGGUCGAGGGUCGGUCGCUGUGCAAUCACCGGCGGGCGUACAAGUUCUUCAUCGACUCGGUCGCGCCGCGCUGCCACUUUCCCGCCUUCCCGUGCGAAAGCUACGACCAGUUUGCGGCGGGCGAGUGCUUCGACUGCGGCAACGGGACGGCCCGGUCCGCCUGCGGCCGCAUGGGCUAUUACGCGACCAGCCGGGACGUGGGCGGGUACGGCCAGCUGUACCUGCGCACGCGCGACGAGGAGCCGUACUGCGCGAACCAGUUCCGGCUGCGGCUGCGUAACGCGCCGGACGAGCUGCCGCUGCGCACGGUCGGCCGGUUCGAGCUGACGCUCGAGGGCGGCGACACCGGCAACGGGAUCGAGGACGGGCAGCCGAGCGGCGGUGGCGGUGGGGCCGCCGCCCCGCCCCUGCUCACCUUCAACGAGACGUUCCAUCUGGACGAGGCGCGGGAGGACCGCGAGUUCCAUGCCGGCCAGUGGCUGACGACGAUACUGGUGCCGCAUCCGGCGCUGGGCCACCGGCCGCGGGCCCUCACGAUCACGUACCGGCCGUACCGGGGCGGCUGGUGGCAGCGCUCGAGCGUCGGCAAGCAGCUGUGGCGCAUCGGCCCGAUCCUGCUGACCGCGGACGACCAGCGGACGUACGGGUCGUGCGCGACGCUCACGCUGCAGGCGGACGUGCCGGUGCGCAUCGAGCUGCAGUCGAUACUGCUGCACACGCUGGACGAGCCGGACGAGGACGGCAUCGAGUGCCGGGCGGCCGAAGAGCUGAACCACCCGGCGCACACCGCCCACACCGUCGUCGGGGCUAGCGGACCGGCAGCAGCAGCAGCAGCACCGCUACCGCCAGCACCACCCAAGCCACCGAAAAGCUCGAUCGAUGAGCUGACAGUCGGCUCGAAGCAUCCUGCCGGGCACGACCACUUCUCCUGGACGCCGGUCGCGAUCAGCAUACCGCGCCACUCGCCCCAGUCCGUGCACGUGAACGAAAAGCGCUCCUUCUCCGACGCCGUGCUGCCGGGCCAGCAGGAGCAGCAGGAUUCGACUGCCCCCGGCCAGCAGCCGCUGCUGCCACCGACCGCCCAAACCGUGCAGCUGUUUCCCUCCCGGCUGGUGUCGUUCUUCGAGCGGGCGGAGCGGUACGCCCGCCGCACCUGGGACGCCCUGUUCAGCGGCAACGGGACGGACGGGACGAACGGCCUCCUGCCCAAGCUGGCGGCACCGCCCGACGCCGCCACCGACGAAGCGACGGUUGCGACGAGCGUCCCCGAGCUGCUGCUGAUGUCGCCCGCCCGCCACUCGGAGGCCAGUGGCGCACCGCCCCCAGCCACCGGCAGCAGUCCGGCCCCAGGGACAAGCACGCCGCCGCCGCCGCCAACCGAACCGCCAACCACCAGCACCGAGAUACGGAUCGCACUGCCCACCUUCCGGCCGAUGGGGCGCACGCUGGCACCGGACGGGGCGGUCGGCAGCGGCCGCCAGCACUACACCCGCUUCAUACCGCUCGUGUACGAGGAGGGCAGGGAUGCGGUAGCCGCCAGUACGGCCGGCGCACGGAAGGCGGCCGCCCGAUCGCGGUAAAGCAUCAUGGGCGGCUGCGCAACCUUUUCUUUUACGAUGUGAUAGCAUUUUCCCUUUUGUAUCUUCACCGCCUCCCCACCCUCCCCCUGUAAACCAAACACAUACACAUACACACUGCCCACGCAUACAUUCAUCUACGGAAUAUGUUUGUUUGUUUGUUUUUUUUAUACAUGUAUACAACCUAUUUACACGUUAGGAUUACGAUAUUCGUUAGGGACGGGCGGAGAUGAGUCCGCGCUAGUGUGUAUGUGUGUUCGUGUGCGUGUGUGUGUGUGUGUGUGUGUGUGAGUGUGCGAGUGUGCGUCCCCGCUCGACGAUACCCCGCUACUGGCGGUUCCUAGUUGUUAUGUAUAUUAUGCUUCUAUUUUUUUUGUCCUGUGUAACUGCAACGAACGUGCAUAUGAAGCGAAAUAAAGAAUUUCAUAUAUCCGGAGUAUA